UUUUUUUUUUUUUUUUCUUGUUUAUUUAUUCUCUCCCAACACAAAAAAAGAAAGCAUGUCUUCUACAUUUAAUCGAAACUUAUCAACCAUAGCGACCACUUUUACUGUUCUUCCGAAGAAUUUCCAUUUCCUUCAAAAGACAACACCAGUUUUAUAUCCACCACUGUUAAAGAGAAAUAUGUCUUCAACCAUAGAAAAGGGACCUAUUCAACUCUCUAUAGAGAAAAAGAUUACAGAAGCCUUGCAUCCCAGUUUUCUGGAAACUGUCAAUGAAUCUCACUUGCACAGACAUCAUCAACCUAUGAAAGGGGUGACAAGUAAAGAAACACAUUUCAAAGUUACCGUCGCUUCUGACGCGUUCAAAGGAAAGACUUUGAUGCAACGACACCGUAUGGUUUACGGUCUAUUGAAGAAAGAAAUUGAUGAAGAUGGGGUCCAUGCUUUGGGAAUCAAAGCCGUCACGAGUGUUGAGGAUCUGAAAUAGGGACCCGUUUCGCCGUUGCAAAUAAAACAAAAUAAAUAAGGGCGACAUAGCAACAAUGGAUCUUAAUAGAAAUAGAUAGUAGGACCCUUUCUGUAAAAUUCAAAUUGGACCCAUCAACACAAUUAUUGUACAGUUUAAGUAAACCU